GGUGGGCAGCGCGGCGCGCGCUCGCGGGGGCGGGGCCGGGGCGCGCGUGCGCAGACCGCGGGGCGCCAGUCGCGGGUGAGCGGGCAGCGAGCGGCCAGCGGCAAGGGCCCGAUGGCACGCAGCCCGGCGGCAGGGCCCCAGGGAGGGGGCACCAGGCUGUAGCCACCCGGCCCAGGCCCCUCCCUCCCAGGACGCCCCACCAUGGACUCCCCGGGCUACAACUGCUUCGUGGACGGAGAGAAGAUGACAGCGGCCAUCCAGGACCUGGGACCCAAGGAGCUGAGCUGCACAGAGCUGCAGGAGCUGAAGCAGCUGGCCCGCCAGGGCUACUGGGCCCGCAGCCACGAGCUGCGCGGGAAGGUGUACCAGCGCCUCAUCCGUGACAUCCCCUGCCGCACAGUCACCCCCGACGCCAGCGUGUACAGCGACAUUGUGGGCAAGCUGGUGGGUAAGCACGGCGGCAGCAGCCUGCCACUGCCCGAGUUCGUGGACAACACGCAGGUGCCCAGCUACUGCCUGAACGCACGCGGCCAGGGCGCCGUGCGCAAGAUCCUGCUGUGCAUCGCCAACCAGUUCCCCGACAUCUCCUUCUGCCCCGCGCUGCCCGCCGUGGUGGCGCUGCUGCUGCACUACAGCCUCGACGAGGCCGAGUGCUUCGAGAAGGCCUGCCGCAUCCUGGCCUGCAACGACCCUGGCCGCAAGCUGGUGGACCAGAGCUUCUUGGCCUUCGAGUCAUCCUGCAUGACCUUUGGGGACCUGGUGAACAAGUACUGCCAGGCGGCGCACAAGCUGAUGGUGGCCGUGUCGGAGGACGUGCUGCAGGUCUACGCCGACUGGCAGCGCUGGCUCUUCGGCGAGCUGCCCCUCAGCCACUUCGCCCGCGUGUUCGACGUCUUCCUGGUGGAGGGCUACAAGGUGCUGUACCGCGUGGCGCUGGCCAUCCUCAAGUUCUUCCACAAGGUGCGGGCCGGCCAGCCGCCCGAGUCGGACAACGUCAGGCAGGACAUCCGCACCUUCGUCAAGGACAUCGCCAAGACCGUGUCCCCCGAGAAGCUGCUGGAGAAGGCCUUCGCCAUCCGCCUCUUCUCCCGCAAGGAGAUCCAGCUGCUGCAGAUGGCCAACGAGAAGGCCCUCAAGCAGAAGGGCAUCACUGUCAAGCAGAAGAGUGUCUCGCUUUCUAAAAGGCAGUUUGUGCACCUGGCGGUGCACGCGGAGAACUUCCACUCGGAGAUCGUGAGUGUGAGGGAGAUGCGGGACAUCUGGUCGUGGGUCCCCGAGCGCUUCGCCCUCUGCCAGCCCCUGCUGCUCUUCUCCUCGCUACAGCACGGCUACAGCCUGGCCAGGUUCUACUUCCAGUGUGAGGGACGCGAGCCCACCCUUCUGCUCAUCAAGACCACACAGAAGGAGGUGUGCGGGGCGUACCUGUCCACGGACUGGAGCGAGAGGAACAAAUUCGGGGGCAAGCUGGGCUUCUUUGGCACGGGAGAGUGCUUCGUGUUUCGGCUGCAGCCCGAGGUGCAGCGCUACGAGUGGGUGGUCAUCAAGCACCCUGAGCUGACUCGGCCCCCAGAGGCCCCGGCCGCCCCCACGUCCUCCAAUCCCAGCGAGCGCCUGUCGCCCUUCCUGGCCGCGCGUCACUUCAACCUGCCCUCCAAGAGCGAGUCCAUGUUCAUGGCAGGCAGCGUCGACUGCCUCAUCAUAGCCCCUCUGCUCCGAGAACUUCCUGGUGGCGGCAGUGGAGGCCUGGGGCUUCCAGGACCCGGACACCCAGUGAUGUGCGCUGCUGACUGCUUCACCGGGGGAUCCUCAGGCCCCCACGCAUGUCAGGGUGCUCGGGGGCCCUGUGCCAGGCCUGCGGGUGGGGUGCCGCCCACCGUGACUCUGCAGGGCUGCCCACCCGCCCACCUGCCCUCCCAGGCGGGGAAGGGCACUGCGUCCUGGUCACUAUGGACGUGGUGGAUCCAGGCGCCCCCUGCUGGUGGGUCUCAGUGCAGCUCCCAGCAGGUCCCCAGGGAACCCUGCUGGGAGUGGGAGCCCCUCCCUCCCAGUACCCACCCGGGGGCGGGGGGCACUGCCAGACACCCCAUCCUGUCUGCAGCACUUGCUGUGCCGCAGGCCAGUCCCCACCAGGGGCCACCCCAUCCUGCCCGCUGCCCCACGCCUGAUCCUGACCCCACGCCCAGCAUGACUUGUGGCCAACUGCCCCCAGCUCUCCCCUCGUGCCCUCGUGUGCCCACUGACCUGGUCAGACCCCCCCCACCAGCCCUGCCGGCUUCCCAGGCGCCCAGCGACACCGCAGGGAGUGACCCUCCUGCCCCGCCUCCCUCAGCUGGUCCUGAGGACCCAAGCACCCAUGGGUGGAGCUGUGCUGCCACAUCAGGCCGGUCUCCCAAGUCCCUGCUGCCCUUCCUGAGGGGUUUGCCCCCCCACCACACACACACCUCCAAGACCCCCCCCCAAGGCAUGGGGGACCAAGGACAUGGACAACCAGCGACCCUGUCUGGGACUCAGUUUCCCCAGCUGCAAAAUGGGCAGGUGUCCUGCUCUGCUAUCCCUGUGAGACUGGGGGGGGGGGAGCGAGGGGGAGGGGCUGAGCGGCCGGGUCACUGCACCCUCAACACCUCUGGCCGCACCUCUAUGAACCCAUCAGAGUUCAUUAAACAGUGUCUGUGUCAGUUCCGGGGCUCGGGUCUGCUCUUUCUAAGGGGGGCCCUGCAGCGGCUCCCAGGCAGGCCCCUAAAUGGAGUGCAGGCACUGACUCCCCCAGAGGUGCUGGGGGGACCUGGGGACCUUUCAGCAACUGUGGAAGGUGCUUGUGACACAGCUGCCCCCAACUCCGGGCUAGGCAGCACUUCUGGUGUGUGUGUGUGUGUGUGUGUGUGUGUGUGUGUGUGUUGGGGGUUGUCUGCACCCUGGGGCUCCUUGAGGCAGGUCACAGUGGAACAACUGCUAUGAGUCCUGAUCAUCUGUCCUGCGACCC